AUGCUCGACCCGCUUGAGCUUCAAGUAUUUCCGUCUUCAUAUAACUGUGUUUCCUGGUCAGAGGAUGGGGAAAUUGCAGUUGCUGCCGGUGAAUAUAUUUAUAUUUUGACGCCAAAAGUAUCCUCAAAAAACAAAGCAAAUGGCACUCCUUCCCGUUUCUCCAGUGCAGAUUGGCAUAGGACCCGUUUCCGUGCCAAUAUCUUCACUAUCAAUGAGUGGCCGAUUAUGUUUCCGCAACCACGGGACAAUUUCUCAGUAGGUGCGGAGCAAUCUCUGAGCACCGUUGUCGGCGUUGCUUGGUCACCACCGGGACUUGCCCAGUACAGGCGCAGCGUACUAGCAGUCCUGACAUCCAACAUGGUCCUAUCUCUUUAUGCACUCUCGGGCACUUCGGGGAAAUGGUCGCGAGCUGCAGUAGUCAACCAGGCAUUAGAAAUUUUCUUUCGCGAGAGCAUUGAAAAUAACACUCUAACAACUCGCUUCCAAAGCUUCUUCCGCAGGGACGCUGAGGACAAGACCCCAAGAACACGCAAAACCAAUAUACGUGCAUUUUCAUGGACACCGCCUCUCAAAGUUCCAACCAAAAACCAGUUGUAUCCCGGCCCCGAGAGCCGUUGGGGUAUUCCUCUACUCGCAGUUGCGAAUGAUGACAAUGAUUUGGUCUUCUUACAGGUUCAACAACCUAAAUCCCAGCAAGGCUCCCUAGAGUCACUGGAUGUGGAUGCCGUAUCUAGCAUUCAUUUGCCAGCCUCACCAGAUUACGGCCAAGUCCUUCAGCCUGGCUCAAUUCUAUCUUCCACUCUCCGGACCCAAGUUCGGAUGUCCUCCUUGACUAGUGGUCCGUGGAUUUACCAGCCGGGAGGAAGUGGACACAACGCAAUAUCCGCGACUGUCAAUGUGGCUGCUCUACAGGGAACAAAGCUUCGCGUCGCCAAGUUGACAGUUGGUGUCGAAUCGCAGCCCUAUGAUUCAGAUGGGCAAUCACGCUACAGCUUAACGUUCGAUGCCGUAGAAAACAAUGCAAUGCCUCUUGCGCGCAUGGAAGAGUCCCAGUGUACUGGUCCGAUACAUUGGGCACAUAAGAUUGGAUCUGGAAGGAUUACUAUGACCGUUGGCGCCAUGACUGGCCUAGCGCUGUUAGACCUACCGGAGGAUGUAUACAAAGGGCAAAAGUCAGAGACUAGUGAUUCACAUGUUUUCUAUUACCCAUUGCUCGACGAUUCUACUACCGAUACAAUGCUACUGCACCAGGAGAGAAUAAGUGGAAUGACGGUUGCUAUCGAGCCCGAGUCUGGGACGCCGGUGUUACAUUUUGGCUCGGUUGGGGGCUAUGCAGCAGUCAAGGCUUUAACUGACACGGAACCGCCGUCUCCGGCACCGUGGAAUGGUCAGGUAGAAGACAUCAGGGAACGAUUCGAUAUUGACCGGGAUCUUGGUGGCCUAGCGAUUGCAAGGGUCUGGGGUCUUGCAUCAAUACACGGGCUAGUUGCAGCUGUUGUAACACUACAUCCGGGUGAUAUGGUUGAGUAUCGCACUAACGCAGAAGAACGACUAACAGUGGUGUUUUCCACUGCGAAUGGACAGCCAGUAGAUCUUGAAUCCAUCCCUUUCCUUCACGAAAGCCCGACUGGCUCGACUGAAUUCCUUCGGGAACGCCGAGACAUCGUUUUACAGUACAUCCUUGGGGACCACGCUGGCACCAAGAAUACGCUAUCUCCAAAGGUCCUCUAUGCUGCAGCUUGCUGUGCAAUUGUGCAGUCGCAAAAUUUUGAGUUAGUUUCGAACGCCCAGAUGGCUCUCGAGAGACUCGCAGCCACUAGUGGUGUGGAUAUGACAGGCGAAAUUGCGAAAUGUUCCGCGCCCGGUAGUACCAUUGAGCCAAGAUCCACAGACAUAUUAAAUGCACCUAGCGGAGAUAUUUUCGAGAGAUGUGAGAUUUGCGAUGCCGGCAUUAUCUGGGACUCGGCUCGAGAGGCCCAGUGUGCUACAGGGCACGUUUUCGGUAGGUCGCUGCAGCGUCUAUAA